GUUUUGGGCACUGAUUGAGCGUUCCGCCGUUUGGUGCUUCUCCUCUCGGAUCGAAACCCUCGUCUUCGCCGGUGCUCUUCUCGGAGCUGAUCUUCGGCGGCGGCAGCGGUGGCGGCGAAGAUGAGCGUGUGGAACUACGUAGUGACGGCGCACAAGCCGACCAACGUUACCCAUUCGUGCGUCGGCAACUUCACUGCUCCACAAGAACUUAAUCUCAUCAUCGCUAAGUGCACUCGAAUCGAAAUUCAUUUGCUCACAACUCAAGGCUUGCAGCCUAUGCUGGAUGUCCCGAUAUAUGGAAGAAUUGCGACUCUAGAACUUUUCCGACCACAUGGUGAAGCACAAGAUUUUCUUUUUAUUGCUACUGAAAGAUACAAAUUCUGUGUUCUGCAUUGGGAUGGAGAAUCAUCAGAGCUUGUCACAAGAGCAAUGGGAGAUGUCUCCGAUCGCAUAGGCCGUCCAACCGAUAAUGGACAGAUUGGCAUAAUUGAUCCUGACUGUAGAUUAAUCGGUCUCCACCUUUAUGAUGGCUUAUUCAAGGUUAUACCUUUUGAUAAUAAAGGACAAUUGAAGGAAGCGUUCAACAUCAGGCUUGAAGAACUUCAAGUUUUGGAUAUCAAAUUUCUAUAUGGUUGUUCAAAACCCACAAUAGUAGUCCUUUACCAGGAUAACAAAGAUGCACGCCAUGUAAAGACAUAUGAGGUAGCUCUUAAAGAUAAAGAUUUUGUUGAAGGUCCUUGGUUGCAAAAUAAUCUUGACAAUGGAGCUGGCCUUCUAAUUCCGGUUCCCAUGCCUCUGGGUGGUGUUAUAAUUAUUGGGGAGGAUACCAUUGUUUAUUGCAGCUCUUCGGUGUUCAAAGCUGUACCAACCAAACCUUCAAUUACAAGAGCCUAUGGGAGGGUUGAUUCUGAUGGUUCGCGAUACUUGCUUAGUGAUAAUUCUGGAAUGCUGUAUCUUCUUGUGAUAACCCACGAAAAAGAAAGAGUCACUGGUCUUAAAAUUGAGGAGUUAGGGGAGACCUCUGUGGCAUCAACAUUAUCUUAUCUUGAUAAUGGGGUUGUAUAUGUCGGCUCAAGCUAUGGAGAUUCCCAGAUCAUAAAGCUGAAUACACAACCUGAUGCGAAAGGUUCAUAUGUUGAAGUUUGUGAAAGAUACGUCAAUCUUGGGCCGAUAGUAGACUUUUGUGUUGUUGACCUCGAGAGGCAAGGCCAAGGACAGGUUGUUACUUGCUCAGGAGCGUAUAAAGAUGGUUCCCUUCGCAUAGUCAGAAAUGGCAUAGGGAUUAAUGAGCAGGCAUCUGUAGAACUCCAAGGCAUCAAAGGUUUGUGGUCUUUACGGUGUUCUACUAGUGAUGUAUAUGACACUUUCUUGGUAGUAAGCUUCAUCAAUGAGACAAGGGUGUUGGCAAUGAACAUGGAGGAUGAACUCGAGGAGACUGAGAUUGAAGGCUUUUAUGCGCAAGCUCAAACUUUAUUCUGCCAGAAUGCCAUAAAUGAUCAACUUGUACAGGUUACUUCUGGUUCUGUUCGAUUGGUCAGUUCCACAUCUCGAGAGUUGCUGGAUGAAUGGCAUGCACCGUCAACGUUUUCAGUCAAUGUUGCCACCGCUAAUGCUAGCCAGGUCUUAUUGGCAACUGGUGGCGGGCAUCUUGUCUAUCUAGAAAUUGGUGUUGGGAAGUUGGUUGAGGUUAAACAUUUGCAAUUGGAAUAUGAAAUAUCUUGUCUUGACAUAAACCCUAUUGGAGAAAAUUCCAGUUAUAGCACCUUGGCUGCAGUUGGAAUGUGGACCGAUAUUAGUGUGAGGAUGUUUUCACUUCCAGGUUUGGAUCUGAUCACGAAGGAAUGCUUGGGUGGAGAAAUCAUUCCCCGUUCUGUUCUUCUGUGUUCGUUUGAAGGGAUAUCUUAUUUGCUCUGUGCCCUUGGAGAUGGACAUCUAUUCAACUUUCAAUUGAAUGUGAAAACGGGUGAAUUAACUGACAGAAAGAAAGUAUCGCUCGGGACCCAACCAAUUACUCUACGGACCUUUUCUUCAAAGGAUACCACCCAUGUAUUUGCUGCUUCAGAUAGGCCAACUGUCAUCUACAGCAGCAACAAGAAGUUGCUUUACAGCAAUGUAAAUCUGAAAGAAGUCAGUCAUAUGUGUCCUUUCAACUCAGCCGCUUUCCCAGACAGCCUUGCUAUUGCUAAAGAAGGUGAACUUUCAAUUGGCACCAUUGAUGAUAUUCAAAAACUUCACAUACGCACAAUUCCAUUGGGGGAACAUGCCCGCCGUAUUUGCCAUCAAGAGCAAUCGCGAACGUUUGCCAUCUGUAGUAUGAAGAACAACUGCCUGAGUAAUCCUGAGGAAUCUGAAAUGCAUUUUGUUCGGUUAUUGGAUGAUCAAACCUUUGAUUUCCUAGCAACAUAUGCACUUGACACAUAUGAAUAUGGAUGCUCCAUCCUAAGCUGCUCAUUUGCAGAUGACAACAAUGUCUAUUAUUGUGUUGGUACUGCUUAUGUGUUGCCUGAAGAGAAUGAGCCCACCAAGGGCCGCAUUCUUGUUUUCAUUGUAGAAGAUGGGAAACUUCAACUGAUUGCAGAGAAGGAAACAAAAGGGGCGGUGUAUUCACUUAAUGACUUCAAUGGGAAAUUGCUUGCUGCUAUCAAUCAGAAGAUUCAGUUAUACAAGUGGGUGCUGCGGGAUGAUGGUUCUCGUGAACUACAAUCAGAAUGUGGUCAUCAUGGGCAUAUACUUGCCUUGUAUGUUCAGACUCGUGGUGAUUUUAUUGUGGUUGGAGAUCUGAUGAAAUCUAUAUCCUUGUUGCUGUAUAAGCAUGAAGAGGGUGCUAUCGAGGAGCGUGCUAGAGAUUACAAUGCAAAUUGGAUGAGCGCUGUGGAGAUUCUUGAUGAUGACAUUUAUCUUGGUGCUGAGAACAACUUCAAUCUCUUCACCGUCCGGAAGAACAGUGAUGGGGCUACUGAUGAGGAGCGGGGCCGGCUUGAGGUUGUGGGGGAGUACCACCUCGGUGAAUUUGUCAACCGGUUCCGACAUGGUUCCCUUGUGAUGCGACUUCCAGACUCUGAAUCUGGCCAAAUACCCACCGUUAUCUUUGGCACGGUCAAUGGUGUGAUCGGGGUUGUUGCUUCUCUUCCCCAUGAUCAGUACCUUUUCCUGGAGAGGCUCCAGGCCAACCUAGUUAAAGUUAUAAAGGGUGUUGGUGGCCUCAGCCAUGAACAAUGGCGAUCAUUUAACAAUGAAAAGAAGACAGUUGAUGCCAGGAAUUUCUUGGACGGAGACUUGAUAGAGUCUUUCCUCGAUCUCAACCGCAAUCGGAUGGAAGAGAUCUCCAAGGCCAUGGGUGUCUCAGUGGAAGAACUGUGCAAGAGAGUAGAGGAAUUAACAAGAUUGCACUGAGCAUCAUCCAGCCGGAGCACAAACACCUCUUUAUUUUAUCCAAACGAUGUAAAUUACUCAUUUGCCUUUGGUCCCUCUUUAUCCAGCUUUUGAUUCCCUUUGUUUUCAUCAACUUGUGUUUGUUUUUAUCCGUAUUUAGUCUUGUGUAGAGCAAAGACAUUUCACUCUUCCUUGCAAUCGAUGCUGAUGGUUUUUGUUGUUUGUGAA